CAUAAAAUCUGAGGCCACAUGGCAACCUCACUUUCGCUCCGCCUUCUUCCCUCAUGAGGCAGGUGUGAGGGCCUCUCCGUCGCCACCUCCAUCUCCUCUACCUGUUAAGCUUCCCUUCAACACACCUUUACCUCAACCUGGGAGGUAGCCAUGGCCUCCCAGGACUGCCAAGUUUGUCUGGAGCGUUACGACGACGAGGCGCGGAAGCCCCGAUGCCUCAGCUGCGGCCACACGCUCUGCACCCUCUGCUUGUCGGACAUCAUCGACAGAGGGACUCUCUACUGCCCUUUCUGUAGGGUCAGUCACGUUACCCCCGUCACCAGAGCGGAGGACGUGCCGGUCAACUACACCCUGGUGAGCCUCCUGCAGGAUUCCGGCCUGUCGAUGGCGCCUCGCAGCUCGGAGGCCCUCCUGACCGUGGUCAAGAACGAGGCCAUCGAGAGGACGACCGGCCAGCUGGUCAUCUGCAACUGUCACCUGGCGCGCCUUAAGGACCUCCAGCAGAGACUCGGCGCGCAGACGAAGCUGCAGGAGAAGCAUAUCCACGCCCUGCGCUCCCUGCUGGCGCGCCACGAGGAGCACCUGCGGGACCUCACUGACGCAUCCGCCCAGACGAGGGAGACCGUGGGCGAGGGCGAGGGCUGGAAGAGGGCGCUGGAGCUGAGCCAGGCGCGGGUAAACUGCGCGUCCUCGCUGCUGGAGGUGACGGCGGUCCACCAGGAGGACGGCGCCCUCGAGGCCUCUGUGAAGGGCUGGAGUGAGAAGGCCUACGAGCUUCUGAAGACGCAGGUCGUCCAGGCUGCUGAAGAGAUGGAGAGCCUGACACGAGUAGCUUUAGAGGCUGUCGUGGAGAGGAGUAUGACCACAACGGCAUCAGCUGUCACUCCUACUAAAUAUCAAAUAGAGAGUCUAACCAGUGUGGCAUUUGGAACUGUCCUGGAAAUGGGUAUGACCACAGCCGCAUCAGGUGUCACGCCUACAAAGUGUCAGGUUACCUACGAGUCGGACAAAUCUCUACUUCUAAGUGAGCUUCUGAGGAAGGCGCGGGUGGUGGGAAGCGAGGUGUGGGCGGUGUUGGACGAGGAUGGGCGGCCUCGGUGUGCUAAGGUCACUCAGGUGGACGGCAGGAUUUUCCUCCACGCCCUCAUGGAAGGGACGCCCCCCAUCUACACCCACACCGUGCCCUAUGAAGACGUGCGAAACCUGGUGGACGAGAGCUGCAUAAGGACCUUCCUGGAACUCUCCUGGGCGGGUAAAGUGCAAGGACGGAUUACCAUACGCCUAUUGAACGCUACGUGUCGGUGUCUCCAGUUCUUCUACCUGUGCUCGGGAGAACGCGGCCCUUCGUACGCCAACACCCGCCUGCUGGAGGCGGAGGCCCGGGGCCAGUCCGGGGAGAGGGUGUGGGGGGGAGACUACCAGAACAACGACGGCAGCGGGGGGGCGGCUCUCCCUGGCCUGACCAUGGGGGAGCUCUCGUCGCAGAGCGUCACCGCGGGCCUCGUCGCCGGCUUCUGCUACAGCCACGAGCACCGGAACCCUUCGCACUUCGUCAUCUACAACAACGACUGCCCCGUCCUGUACGAGGAGAGUCCGCUGGGGAGAGUGGUAGAGGGCCUGGAAUUCGUCAGGAGCGCUGCGAGGCUGCCGGAUGUGAAGGACGCAGUCGUGAGUGAUUGUGGAUUAGUGCUGACGUAGUUGUGUCCCGAGGGUUAGGGAGUUAGCCCGUAUUCUCUGUCUCUGGCUCGCUCUCUCUCUCUCUCUCUCUCUCUCUCUCUCUCUCUCUCUCUCUCUCUCUCUCUCUCUCUCUCUCUCUCUCUCUCUCUCUCUCUCUCUCUCUCU